AUGCAAAUUCCUAAUUUCUCAGCUUUGUUAACAAUUUCUCUGCAUAUCAAACAGCUGAAGCAAAUUCAUGGCUCAAUUCUAGUGAAUGGUCUUGAUCAUCUUGAACCUAUAUUAAUUCGGCAAAUAAUCGUUUCUUCAGGCGGUUUUCAUCAAACCCAUGUUACCCAGUACGUUAAAACAAUCCUAAAUCAUACCCAACAUCGAGAUGUUUCCCCAUUGGGUUAUGCUAUUAGGUUUCUAUGUCAGCAUGGCCAGUUCCAGGACGCUGUCAUUUUCUACGUGCAGCUUCAGAGAUCUGGGGUGUUUCCCAACACAUAUGCUUUAUCAUCUAUACCAAAGGCCUAUGGUAAAAUCAAUUGUAAAAAUGGGGGGAUUUCAGUUCAUUGUCAAGUUCAUAAAUAUGGCUUUGCCAGUGUUGUUUAUGUACAAACAGCCCUUUUGGACUUUUACUCGAAAAUGGGUGAUAUUAAGACAGCCCAUAAGGUGUUUGACGAAAUGAGUGAUAGAAAUAUUGUUUCAUGGAAUGCUAUAAUAUCUGGUUAUGUGAAAUUCGGAGAGUUCGAAAUGGCUCAAUCUGUGUUUGAUAGAAUGCCUGAGAGAGAUAUAGUAUCGUGGAAUGCAAUUUUGUUGGGAUAUGCCAAGGCAGGGAAAAUGGAUCAGGCGUAUGUUUUGUUUAAAGAGAUGCCAGAGAGGGGCGCUUCAUCUUGGAAUGUGAUGAUUCGUGGGUACAUAGAUUGCGGGAACAUAGAAUUAGCACGUGGGUUCUUUGAUGCAAUGCCGAAAAGAAACAGCAUUUCUUAUAUCACUAUGAUAUCUGCAUAUUCGAAAUGUGGAGACGUUCAGUCUGCUGAAAAGAUCUUUUAUGAGGAGGAAAAGAAAGACCAGCUGUUGUAUAAUGCCAUGGUAGCUUGUUAUGCACAGAAUGGCCGACCGAAAGAGGCUCUUCAUCUAUUUGAUGAGAUGUUUCAACCAAUUCUGAAUAUUCAGCCUGAUAAAAUGACGUUGGCUAGUGCUAUAUCUGCUUGUUCUCAACUGGGAGAUUCAAAUAUGGGGGGUCGGAUUGAGUCAUACAUGGGUGAAUUUGGAAUCAGAAUGGACAAUUAUCUCUCCACGGCCUUAAUUGACAUGCAUGCAAAAUGCGGAAAUAUUGACAAAGCUAUUGAGUUAUUUCACAGGUUAGAAAAGAAGGACAUAGUUGCUUACAGCGCAAUAAUUUUGGGUUGUGGAAUUAAUGGUAGGGGACAAGAUGCGAUUAAGUUAUUUGAGGAGAUGAUAGAUUCUAACAUCUCUCCUAACUCAGCUACAAUCACGGGAAUAUUGUCUGCAUACAAUCAUGCUGGUUUGGUUGAAGAAGGCUACGAUUGCUUUGAGUUGAUGCAGAAAUAUGGAAUUAUACCAUGUGUUGACCAUUAUGCUAUCAUGGUUGAUCUUUUAGGUAAGGCAGGUCGGCUGGAAGAAGCAUAUGAGUUGAUAAAGAAAAUGCCAAUGCAGCCUCAUUCUGGGGUUUGGGGUGCAUUGCUUCUAGCAUGUAGUGUGCACAACAAUGUUGAACUUGGUGAGAUUGCAGCUGCUAAGUGUUUCAAGUUGGAGCCUAAUAGCACAGGAUAUUGUUCUCUUCUUUCUAAAAUUUAUGUGUCAUCUGGGAAGUGGGAUGAAGCCAAGCGAUUGAGAGAAGCCGUUGAGGAAAGAGGUUUCAAUAAGGUUCCCGGCUGUAGUUGGAUCAAACCAGCUGAAGCCUAGGGGUCGGGAAGUUCUUAGAUAAGCCUGAAUUUAAUUUCUUGUGACUACUUGAAUCAACUUGCUGCAAUUUGGCCCACAGUCGACAGAGCUCAAAUGUUGCAUGACCUGUGUGUGUGGUUGCUGAUGCCCAUGCCCUUGGGGAAAUUCCUGGUGAACGAAUAUUCUGCUGAUCUUAUGGUUCUUCUGGCAAUUGUUGGAGGGACAUCGAACCUGAAGCAACUUAAGAAUGUAAAGAUUUCCACCAGAGAAGCUGCAGCAUCAAGUCUGAUUAUUGGCCCUUUAAGCUCUGUGGUUUGAUCAAUACUUUGCUGAUUAACAAGUGUGUCUCUUUAAUCAGCACGAAGCAGGAGAGAAAUCAGAUGCACUGAAGUUUCUAUUGAUGCAUUAUGUCUUGCAACAUCAGGCUUUUAAGAUCAAAGUAAAAAAUAGCAAAUAACCUUGAGGCGUCCUUGGUUUUCCUGGAGAAAUGACUUAGAAGUUCGGUCUUUUAGCCAAAUGAUAUAACCUCUCCAUGUAUUCAACAAGUUUUGCUGUAUUUAGACUAUGGAUCUCUGUAAUGCAAGUAACCAUUUCUAAUUUGUCUUAGAAAACAUUGUAGUCAACCGUAGAAUGGAGAUU